CACGUGACGGGCUCCUUUAAAGAUGGCCGGGUCUCAAAAAGACACGCUCAUGUUCCACAGUCUCUGUCAAUUUCCACCACUUGGCGUCCCCUGAUACAUUUCCCCCUUCCCAAUAUCCAGUCACUCGCGUUACUACUACCAUUUAAUGAGUUCUACUGCUCCAAUCCAAUACCCUCCCGAACUGCUCUUUAGAAUCUGCUCUCAUGUCUACUCUGCUUGCCUUCCACCUAUUAAUUCAUCCCUGGAUCCACUCAUAACCACAGAAUGUGGUGUUCCUACUUCAUUGCCGUCUUCAGUGCCUCCUGGGAAUUGGUCCGAACCUAUGAGUCGACGCACCCUUGCUAACCUUUGCCUCGUGAAUCACGAUUGGUAUGACGCCGCAAAGCCAUGGCUCUGGCGGAAACUAGAGGUUCGACUCCCGCGCAGUUGGCUCUCACUAGUGGACGAGAUCGCUUGGGAGUAUGAUGAAGAGACUGUCGACCAAGUCAUGGAGAAGACGGCUAAGGCUGCAGCAGAGACAGCAGUUAAAUCUGGUAUAUCCUCUGUUCCCACAGACAAGGAGGCAGCACGGAAAUUACAAGAGUCCAUACUCUGUUCUAUUCACACGCCGGAGGAUGCCAUUUCUCCCGACUUGUUGUCCCCGAUGGCCUCCCGGGAACCCAGUCCGCGACGUUUCAGACACAAGAGUAAAAGUCCAGCGCGCUGGGAGCUCGUUCGUUCCAUUAGUACUGCUAUUCAGGAUGUAAUGGAGCGGCAGGAUCCGGCCGUAUACAUCCCAACACCUCAAGACACGCGUCCCGGUCGCUUCAUACGGCAUCUCGAUUUCAACCAUUUCCGUACAAUCGGCAUGCGCAGGUCUGUCGAGGAGGGUGUAAAUAGCCGCUUCGUAACCGGGGACCGUGUUGAAGCAGUGCUCAAAGAAAUGCCAAACCUGACGACAUUUGGCGCCACGGAAUAUAUGGAUGGUGCGCUGACCUUUGCAGUUCUAAACGAACUGUUCCUUCGCGGGGCUCCUUCCCGAGGCCGUGGUCGAAACUCUCGUGGCCGUGCCCUCACCGAUACCCAUGACAUCGACGACGAAGAUAGAGAACGACGCCGCCAAUGUUUAGACCUCGAGGCUGUGGAUCUCACAGGAUGUGUCAGUGCGGUUUUCGUCAAGGCCCUGACAGACUUUGUUACGUGCCACAUAAUUCAAAGCGACGCCGAGUCAGAGAAUGGGGAAGAUUCUUCUAGACGUUCACAUUCCGAAGAUCAGAUGACUUUUCCUGGUCUUCAACGACUGGGCCUGCGUGGGGUUAAAUCAAUUUUGCCGGACAUCCUGACACCAUUUGUCCUUGCCUUUUCUUCACUUACCCAUUUGGACCUAUCCGGUACUCGCGUCACUCCAGAACUGUUGGCGGAGUUGGGGAAGUCAUCUACUGUGCGUUUGAGCUCACUCGCUCUCGCACGAUGUGUACGGUUGACCGGAGAAAGCAUCAAAACUUUCCUCGUCGAGUCCCCUGUCAGUGCUGGAAUCUCAGAACUAAACUUGUAUGGCGACGCAACGUUUGGCUGUCCUCUUUCCCAUGAGGAACUGAAGACCAUCGUAUCCUUUGCUCCUUGUUUCAUAAGUAGGGAGCUCCUGUACCUUGAUCUGUCGAGUGCGCCGAUCGACGAGGAGAUCCUCCAAGCCUGUGUUACUCUUCCAAAAUUACGUUCAUUCGGCCUAUCGCAUAUUCCUGACGUGCAUCUCGGUGCAAUCGCAAACUUUUUGCAAGCAAAAGCUAGCAAUGUCGAGGUGCUAACAUUGAUUGGCACAUCACCAGAAUUAGACUGUGGCAUGAGGCCAAGAUCCGGGGAGAACGGCGCUCCUCGAGGAUCAUCUCGUCAGUCGUGCAUAGCUCUCCACUCCUAUAUUAUCCGGCCGCUGUGUUGUCCGCCUUUUUCUUUUAGCCUCACAGUGCCUUCGGGAUCGAGGCCACCACCGACUCGACUUAGAGUUGUUGAGCUGUCAACAGCUAUGCUCUGUGGACUAGGGGCUGGGGCGGGCAGUUGGAGAACUGUGCGCAGCAAGGGUGGGAGAGGAUGGUAUGUGGACACCGCAUCCGGCUGGGUAGCGGAAUCUGGAGAGAGUCAGCUGAGAAGAGAUUUGGAACCUGAGCACCCGUUGAGGGUCGAGUUAGAGAGGUUAUCAGAAGCGAACGGAAACGUGAGCAGCGGUGUUGGAUGGCAUGCAAGAAAGAUGGAGAUCCUGCAUGGGUACGGAAUGCUCGGGCGGGAGGAUGGGCUAUACGGCGCUGUUUCAUUUGCGUACCAGGGUUGAAGCUGAAGAGUUUCACCUAAACAGCACAACUAAUCUACAAUU